CGACAUAAUGACAACGUUAGAGCACUCUGUAAAGUCAUGACUUCAAAUAAGAAAAAAAAUUACUUUAAGUUAGUUAUUGUGUUGCCUUCUCUCUUAUCUCUCUCCCAUCAAUUGUUCCCCUUUCCCAUCUGUUUAACUUUUAUUCCUCCCUGCCUCUCUCCUCCCACUCGGUGGACGGUCAGACGUUAUACAGCCACCGAUCAGUCGUCGUCAGCCAUGUUGUUGGUGUGACACACUCACACUGAGCUGUCAGCAACAGGUUCUCUGAGUAACACUGCUGCUAAACUUGAACAUUUAUCCAACAAAUACUGCUCUCCUUGGACAAUAAACCUUUACGGUGUGUCUGGGAAACCGUCCUGAAGUGGUGGAUGAUAACUUCAGGCCCCUCGGAAGCUCGGAAGUUGGUGUUUUUUGGCCGCGGUGAGAGAGAUGGCCUCGAGCAGUAGCUGAGGACGGCGACGGGAGUUCCCCCUCUGUGCCUCUGCCACCUGCAAAAAUGAAUGGUGGUCCAAGUGUAUGGGCUAUCACUCCUGAGGAGAGGGUCAAACAUGAUCAGAAGUUUGACACCCUCUCCCCAUCGAUGGGCUAUGUGUCAGGGGAACAGGCAAGGAAGUUUCUCCUCCAAUCAGGACUGCCUGCUUCAGUUUUGGCUGAGAUAUGGGCUCUGGCUGACAUGAAUAAAGAUGGGAAGAUGGAUCGGCUGGAGUUUUCUAUCGCAAUGAAGCUCAUAAAGUUAAAACUCCAGGGUACACCACUUCCCUCAGCACUGCCAAUCAUCAUGAAGCAGCCCCCAGUGCCUGCUCCCAGCCUCAAUAACCCCACCAUGCCCUUGUCCAGCCCAGCCUAUGGUAUGGCUUCUGUGCCGAACAUGCCCCUGAUGCCCGGGACAAACCUUGCCAUGUUGAACCCUAUCUCCAUGGCAACCCCUGGACUCUCACCUUUGACACCAAUGACAGGCUUCUCCACUUUGGUUCCUACAGCAACAGGACUGAGCCCUCUAAUGGCCUCCACCGCCACCAGGCCCCUGAUGCCCACCGUGGGAAACGCCACACUGCCAAACGGCACCAUUGGAAUUCUCCAUCCACUUCCAGCUGCAGCUUUGGCUACUGGCGUAUCUCGCUCUGCAUCCCUCUACUCCUCCCCGCUAGGAUUCUCCUCUUCUGGUAUGAACAAGGCCUCAUCGCUGCUGGACCUAGGAUCUAUCAGCUCCACUUCCUCAUCCCCCUCUGUGAUGUCCGCCAAUGCUACUGUUCCCAACGACUGGGCUGUGCCACAUGCCUCCAGACUCAAAUACAGACAGCAGUUCAACAGCUUGGAUAAACAAAUGACAGGAUACCUCAGUGGUCAGCAGGUGAGGGGUGCCAUGGCGACCACGAUGCUGACUCAGUCACAGCUAGCUUCCAUCUGGACUUUAGCUGAUGUGGAUAAGGACGGCAAGCUAAAAGCUGAGGAGUUUAUUCUGGCAAUGCAUCUCGUGGACAUGGCAAAGAUUGGCCAACAUCUGCCGCUAACCCUGCCAACUGAACUGGUACCACCCUCACAAAGGAGUGCAGUGAACGGAUCCAGCUCUUCUCUCUAUGCAGCUCUGACUGAUGACUUGGUUGUAGAACCUCCGCAGAAAGCCAAACCCAACAUGUCGUUCGAGGAUAAAUUCAAAGCCAACUUGGAGCGAGGGAACGCAGAACUGGAGAAAAGACGACUGGCGAUGCAGGAGAUGGAGAGAAGGGAGAGGGAGCGGCACGAACAGAAGGAGAGAGAGGAGCGAGAGAAGAGAGAGAAGGAGGCUCGGGAGGCCGAAGAAAGGAGGAGGAAAGAGGAGGAGAGGAGACUGGAGCGACAGAGAGAGGUGGAGAGGCAGAUUGAAGAAGAGCUACAGAGGGAGCUGGAGAGAAAAGAGGCUGCACAGCGGGAGCUCAAGCGUCAGAGGAAGGAGGAGUGUGAGAGGAGGCGGCGCGGAGAGCUCCAGAUAAAGAAGGAGCAGGAACAGGAUGAUAUCAUCAGAUUAAAAGCUAAGAAAAGGAGUCUUGAGAUGGAGCUGGAGGCUGUGGGUAACAAGCAUCGUCAGAUCUCAGACCGGCUGCGGGAUUUUCAGAACAAGAAGAAGCUUCAGAAGACUGAGAUGGAUCUGACCAAUCAAAGGAAAGAAGCACGCCAGCAGGACAUUAACAACCUGCAGAAACAGCUCGAGGAGUUCCAGAGGAAGUUGUCCCAGCUGACUCCAGAGCAGAAGAGACUGACUGAGAAACUCAGAAACAUGUCUGUGAAUAACCUGCCUGUGUCGACCAUGUCCACCCUGAAGAUGAGUGUUGCAGAGAGAAACGGCACAUGUGUGAAGCUGCGAGAGCAGCUGGAAUCUCUGGAGAAAGAGACCGCUGCCCAUCUGUCUGAGAUGGACCAGUACAACAAAGAUAUGCAAGAACUGAGAGAGAGCCAGAGAAAACAGCAGGCGGCACUUGAGAAACUACGGAGCAUCAAAGAGGACAAACGGCGUGAGCUGAGUCGAAGGAGGGAGGAAGAAGAGGAGAGAAGGAGGAGGGAAGAGGAGAGGAAACAACAGGAGGUGGAAGCUCAGAGGCGUAUUAAGAUGGAAAAAGAUCGCCAGUGGCAGGAGAAGCUGAGGAAGGACGAAGAGGAGCGUCAGAGAAGGCUUCAGGAGGAGAAAGAGGCCAGACAGAGGGAGGAGGAGGAGAGAGAGAGGCAGGUUCUCAUCCAGGCGGCCAAAGAGCAGGCCGAACGAGAGCUCAGAGCAAGGGAGGAGGCAGAGCGGAAGAGAAGAGAGGUUGAGGAGAGGAAGAAAAGAGAAGAGGAGGAGCGGCAGAAGCAACGGAAGAAAGAGGAGAAGAGAUGGAAAGAAGAGGAGGAGCGACGCACGAGGGAGGAGGAGAGGAAGAGGUUAGAGGAGGAGCGGAGAGAGGAGGAGCGCAGAAGAGAGAAGGAGGAGGAGGAGAGGAGGCGACAGCGGGCGGCUGUGGCCGCCGUCCGAGAUUCGGAGGAGAGGAGAAAGCGAGAAGAGGAGGAGAGGAGAAAGCAGCAGGUGGAGGAGGAGGAGAGGAGAAAGAGGGAUGAAGACAGGGCGAAGCUUCAGCAGCACCAGCAGGAUGAGGAUAGGAGGAAGCGUGAGGAGGAAAGAAAGAGGGCGGAAGAGAUGAGGAAGAGAAAAGAGGAGGAAGAGGAGAGGAGGAAAGCUGAGGAGGUGAGAAAGAGGAAGGAAGAGGCACCUCGUCAGCGGCAGCAUUCGAGUACACAAGGGAAGGUGGAUGUUCAGGCUCUGCUGAGAGGACUGGAGGAGAGGAAGGGUCGGCAACCCAGGGCCACUGAACAUAGGAAGUCAGCGGCUCUCACAUCCUUCAAAGCUCUCUACCCGUUCACUGCGCGAAACAACGAAGAGCUCAACAUCAGUGCCGAUGAUAUCAUCGAGGUUGAUGAGACGACAGAGCGGGAGGAGGGUUGGUUGUACGGCAGCAGACAAGGGAAGAUGGGCUGGUUCCCGGAGAGCUACGUCGAGAGAGUGGCCCCAUCAGACACCGCUAAUAGUACUGCUGCUGCUGCUGUUCCUAAAGUGCCGCUUCAGUCGCAGCUUUGCAAUGCGCUUGAAGCUGUCAAGGCAUCAGGAACAAAGUCUGCCUUCACACCAACACACUCUCCAAACCCUGCACCCUCUGAGACACAAGGACAGGUGGUGGGUAACCUCUUGGCCCAGGCCCUGUGUUCAUGGACAGCAAAGACCGAAAACCAUCUGAACUUCAAUAAAGACGAUGUCAUUCAGGUGUUGGAGCAGCAGGAGAACUGGUGGUUGGGAGAGCUGAACAGUGAACGGGGCUGGUUCCCCAAAACAUAUGUGACACUGCUGGGAGAAGAAGAGAGUUCAGACAUGAAGAGCUCCCUUGCUGACGCUUCGGAGUCUAGCGACAGCCUGCAGCUUGAAGAAUACACGGCGUUGUACACCUAUGAGUCUCCGGAGCAUGGUGAUCUGACGUUUGGAGAGGGAGAUGUGAUCUUGGUGAGCAAGAAAGAGGGAGAGUGGUGGCACGGCUCUAUAGGCGACCGCACAGGUGUCUUCCCCAGCAACUACGUCAAACCUAAAGAGACAGAUACAUUAAGUGUAUCCGCAAAGAAGAAGCCAGUGAUCGCCCAGGUGAUUAGGGCCCGACCCUCUACCCGCCCUGAACAGCUGAAUCUGGAAAAUGGCCAGCUCAUCCUCAUCCUCAGCCAGAACGCCUCUGGCUGGUGGCUCGGAGAACUGCAGGCCCGUGGUAAAAAGCGUCAGAAGGGCUGGUUUCCUGCCUCUCAUGUCAAAGUAUUGGGAUCCAACAGCGGAAAGUCGACACCAGCACCCCAACCAGUCUGUCAGGUGAUAGCCAUAUACGACUACACAGCCGCCAACGGCGACGAGAUGAGCUUCUCCAAAGGGCAACUGAUCAACGUUUUUGACAAAAACGACCCUGAUUGGUGGAAAGGAGAGAUUAACGGGGUCACUGGUCUGUUCCCCACCAAUUACGUUAAGAUGACCACGGCGGAUUGUGACCCCAGCCAGCAGUGGUGUGCAGACCUGAAUAGCCUGGACUCAAUGAGCUCACAGGAAAAGAAGAGACAGGGUUACAUCCAUGAGCUGAUCCAGACGGAGGAGAGAUACGUGGAAGACUUGCAGAUAGUGCUGGAGGUUUUCCAUAAGCCUAUGUUAGAGUCGGGCCGGCUGAAUGAUGCAGAGAUGGUCAUGAUAUUCGUCAACUGGAAGGAACUGCUGGCCUGCAACACUAAAUUUCUCAAGGCACUACGUGUGCGUAAGAAGACGGGCGGGGAGAACAUGCCAGUGCCGAUGAUUGGGGAUAUCCUGGCCGCGGAGCUGUCCCACAUGCAGCCCUACAUCCGCUUCUGUUCCUGCCAGAUCAACGGAGCAACACUGCUCCAGACGCGCAUCGACAACGAGCCGAACUUUAAGGACUUCCUCAAGAAAAUUGCCACAGACUACAGGUGUAAAGGCAUGCCUCUGUCCAGCUUCCUGCUGAAACCCAUGCAGAGGAUCACACGCUACCCGCUGCACAUCAAAAACAUCCUGGAGAGCACCGCAGAGGGCCAUGCUGACCGAGGCCCUCUGAAAGAGGCUCUGGAAAGGGCGGAGGAGCUCUGUCAACAGGUAAACGAGGGCGUGAGAGAAAAGGAGAACUCUGACAGACUGGAAUGGAUUCAGAACCACGUUCAGUGUGAUGGCGCUGCAGAGAACCUGGUCUUCAACUCUCUUACUAACUGUUUGGGCCCAAGGAAACUGCUCCACAGUGGCAAGAUGAACAAGGUAAAGAGCAACAAGGAACUCUGGGCCUUCCUCUUUAGUGACUUUCUGCUUUUGACUCAUGCGACUAAACAGUUCAGCUCGUCUGGGCCUGAUAAACUGUUCAGCAACAGGAACAAUGUACAGCUCAAGAUGUACAAGCCGCCUGUGCUGCUCAAUGAAGUUCUGGUGAAGCUGCCAGAUCCAUCGAGCGACGAGCCCAUCUUCCACAUCUCACACAUCGAUAGAGUCUACAUCCUCAGGACCGACAACAUUAAUGAACGGACGGCCUGGGUUCAGAAGAUUAAGGCUGCAUCUGAAGAAUUUAUCGAGACAGAAAAGAAAAAAAGGGAAAAGGCCUAUCAAGCACGAUCUGUGAAGACUAGUGGAAUCGGCAGACUUCUUGUCACCAUCUUGGAGGCCACUGAACUCAAGCCUGGCAAACCCAAUGGUAAAAGUAACCCUUACUGUGAAGUGACCAUGGGAGCUCAGAUAUUCACGUCCAGAACGCUCAACGACACCCUGAACCCCAAGUGGAACUUCAACUGUCAGUUCCACAUUAAAGACCUUUACCAGGACGUCCUCUGCAUCACCAUCUUUGAAAGAGACCAGUUUUCACCUGACGACUUUCUGGGUCGGACAGAGGUUCCCGUGGCGACCAUAAAGAAAGAGUUUGAAAACAAGGGACCAGUAACACGUCGUCUUCUGCUGCACGAGGUUCCUACUGGGGAAGUGUGGGUCCGCCUUGACCUGCAGCUCUUUGGCAACAAAUAGACACAAUAGGAUGAACUGAAAUAAUAAUGGAGUCUACUACCGAGACCUCCUAAAUAAGGAUAUGUCCUCCUGCAGAGGAACAAUAAGCAAAUAAAGCAAUAAGAAAGGCUGCUUUUUGUCACCUAAACAACCCACUUGCCUAAUAUGGAUACCGAUAUCAAACAACACACCCCUGAACUGAACACCCAUCACGCCCUAAUCUUUUAAUAUUAACCAGUACUAAUAAUACCUGAUGUCCUCUGAAUCCUCCAAGGGAUUAGGGUCUGGGUGACAUCAUCUGACACCACCAAUAAGAGUCAGAUCUCCCCUUUUUUCUGGUUCAUGAACCCCGAUAGAAAGGGUAGCACGACAGCUGCAGCUGUUUGCAUCUGCACGAUAUCUACUGUACUAAAGGUAAAAGCAACAACUGCUGCCUGGCUUCUUAAACAGUGGAGACCAAGUGUGUCAUGAAGCUGAAUCUGUAAUAAUGUAUAGCCUUCAGAGGGAGGUAGAACUGGACAAAGACUGCUUAGAAACCAAUAAUCCUAAUAUUAAGAAAUCAAUGAAAACCAUAAACAUAAUGGAUCUGCUCUGUAUCUCAACAGUUGGAUUUUAAGUGUUCAGUGAUUGAGACACACUGCCAAGUCUGGUGUUUUCUCUUAACUCACAAGAUAUGUAUAUGUAUAUAUGUAUUUCUAGAUGAGGUUGUAACUGAUGGCUUUCAAAAGACUCUGCUUUAUGGCUGUCUUAUGCUUUAUGGCUGUCUGAUCUGUAACUU